GAUAGGGACUCCCGUGAGAAAUCCAGAUAAACAUUAAUUGGCAUUCUUCAUUAUGAAUCACCACCCAUCUUCAUUAUAUGUCGAAUAUAAUAAUAUCAACUAAUGUAUAUUUAUGUAUCCAUCGAAUUUCUCAACCCUUCUUCUAUCUCUCAACUCUCACCAACUUGUAUCUUUUUCCCCAUCUAAGUUUCUUUUAAAGCAAGAAUACCAAAAACAGUGAAGCCAGAGAAAUAAACCAAAAAAUGGAAGGUGUUUCGACGACAGUGUACAAGGGUUUGAAAAACUACUGGCAGAGGAGAGGUUACCAAAGGAUAAAUAAUGGGACAGGUCGGAGACGGACAAGCCGAUCGGAGCUGGGUUCAACCAGGAGAAGACGCUCCUGGCGGAUCAAGAUCAAACCUAAGCUUAAAAUACUCAAAGUGGCUUCUCCAAAGAAGUUCUUUUUAUGGCUACGUGACUCUUACGUGAAGAUGAUGAUGAGUUUAGCUCAUUCACGGGUUUGUACCAGUUAUGGUGGAGCCAUAGCCGGCCAAGGGGUUUAUAGGUUUGGAAAGGGUCCACUUAAGGAAUAUGAUGAGAAAAUGAUCGUUGAGAUCUACAAGUCUUUAGUGUUGGCGCAGGGUCAGUUGGUGCCACGAGAUGCAGCUAAACUUGGUUCAGAGAUCGUUUGUCGAAGUUAGCUCUAGCUAAUUAGAAACACGGCAAAACAUGUUAUUAAUCAGGUAUGAGGGUUUCGAUUACAGAAUUUGCUGCUCACUUGAAUUCAUGGAAGAUGCAUAUUCCAGUACAGAUCAUGCCAAUUCUUCAAGGCUAUCCUGAAAGAAACAAGGAUGAAGACAAGAAAAGCCUUACUUUUUUUUUUUUUUUUUUCUCUUUAAUUUUUGUUUUAGCUUUUUAGAAUAGCUUUUAAUGUUGUUCAGCUGGUAAAUUGUAAUGAGUAAAUGUUCAGUUGUUGGCAAUAAGUCUUUAAGGCACCUAACUUUCUGGCACAAGAAGCAAAAGAAUAAAAACUACUUCUUCCUUGUGAACACAGAGAGUUAAACAUCUUUAAUUGUUGCUAUAAUGUUAUAUAGGUGGUAGAGCAUGAGAUUAAAGGAGACUCAAAUCAAGUGAGCCCCGUACUGGGUUGAUUAAGAUUAUGAUUUGGGCGUGAGCAAAAGAAGGUAAUUGAUCAAGCCAUGAUAAUGUUGAACUUGGUGGGUUCGUAUAGUCAAUGCAAACUUUGACCAUUCUUGUUAAUUUACAUUAGAGUGGAAAAAUGUGAGCUUGCCAGACCUUGCUUGGUCGGAUCGGAUCGUUGUGGGAUACGAGCCAUUUUGAGAUGAGAGAUCUUUUCAUGUGGUGCUUUAAUUUUGUAAUCCAUGGCGUUGCUCUUGCUCUUCCUGUAGCUAUGUUUAAAAGAUCAUGGGAAAUCUUUUCGUGUGUAACAUACCAUGUGUUAUGUUUGCCUAAUUGCAUAUUAAAUUCUUGGGCAGAUGGUCAACCUUACGUUUAAAAUAAAUUAUGUAUAUUUAAAAUA